ACGCCCGCGUCGCGACGCCGGCCCCUCAGUCGGGAUGCCGAGCGCGCAGUAUCUCGUCGUUCACUUCCGGCGCUAUGCUCGGUCAUAAAUGUCCUUACACUGCGGCCACCUGCAACAAAAAAAUCGCGGGCAAACGUGGACGCGAUUAUUUAUUACGAGUUGUGAUUGUCGUGCUCGUUACAGGAUCGUCGUUCGCCCAAAGCUCGUCUUCCCCGUCCCCCGAGGGACCAACCUUCGACGUGCCAAUAUCAAACGUGACGGUCCCGGUGGGGCGGGAAGCUGUGCUUGCUUGCGUCGUCGGGAACCUUUCCACCUACAAGGUCGCCUGGCUGCGGGUCGACACGCAGACGAUCCUGACGAUAACGAACCACGUGAUAACGAAGAACUACAGGAUAGCAAUAACGGUGAACGACCACCGGACAUGGCGGCUGCACAUCCGGGACGUUCGAGAGUCGGACCGGGGCUUCUACAUGUGCCAGAUAAACACGGACCCGAUGAAGUACCAGACGGGCUUUCUGGACAUUGUCGUUCCUCCGGACAUCGAGGAUUAUCCUACAAGCACAGACAUGGUUGUCAGGGAGGGCAGUAACGUCACUCUUCGAUGCUCAGCUACCGGAUCGCCGAAACCCAACAUCACGUGGAGACGCGAGGACGGAAGUCUGAUACAACUAAUGGGUCAGGGCAGAGAAGUCGCUUCGGUUGAAGGACCGUUCUACAACAUCACGAGGGUUAAUCGCCUGCACAUGGGUGCUUAUCUCUGCAUCGCAUCGAACGGCGUUCCGCCCUCGGUGAGCAAGAGGAUUUCCCUGAUAGUGCACUUCCCGCCGAUGAUUUCUGUCCCGAAUCAGUUGGUGGGGGCUCGUCAGGGUCAGGAAAUGACCCUCGAAUGCACCUCGGAAGCCUAUCCAAAGUCGAUCAAUUAUUGGACCAGGGAAAAUGGUGAAAUAAUAACAAAGGGUGAUAAAUAUGAGCCGGUACUACACGACAAGGAGUACAAAGUAACGAUGAAAUUGACGAUAAAAUCUGUGUCGGUAAACGAUUACGGAUCUUACAAAUGCAUAUCGAAAAACUCGCUUGGCGACACGGAUGGCAGCAUAAAAUUGUACGAAAUACCGAACCCGACAACCCCGAAGCAAAAAUCAACGACGACGCCAAUUCCAGUCGUCAGCAAGGCGGUGGAGAAAAAGCAAAGAACGAGACAGAAGACUCGUCCGAGUCCAGAAAUAUCCCGACCCAAUGAAAUCACCGGCGAAAUUAUCGACCCCUCGCAACCCGCGGCAAACAAGGACAGAGAUAUCCGGCUUCGGGAUCGACACGAGGAUUCGGGCGGCGGAGGAUCCGAAGGAUCUGCACCCCGAGACGAGAACACGGCUCAGUCAAUGUCGUCGAGAAGCGCAGCGAUUUUGGGAACCGUCGAAACCCUCCAGGCGGUGGUUGUCCUGGCGAUGAUGUCCGCGGUGAUGACGUAAUCAUCGUCGUCCCCGACAGGAAAAAAAGUAAUAAAGAAGAAGGAGAAAAAAAAAAAAAUUCCACGACGAAACAAAAAGACGAAUCAAAGUUAAAAGCGAAAUAAGAAUAAAAAAUUUAAAACGAAUACUCGCCAAAUUUCCGUACAUUCAAAAGAAAAUAUGAAGGUGAAAAAAAGACGAACACGAAGAAUUGAUAAUUCGGGAAUUCACUUUUUCUCAUCUUAUGCAAUGAACAUCCAAUUCUCUCAGCAAUAUUUGACGAUUGUAUAAUUUUCGCAUCGAGCUAUUCUCAUUUUCUUGCCAGUAAAAAUUCGAUAUGAGCGUCGCAACCUCGGCAAAUACGUAUACGCGAAACAGUCGAACUGAUUAAUCAAAGUCGAUAAUUAGAACCUGACUUAUGCAAUCAAGUACGGAGUAUUCGGUUUGAUCACUUGUACUUGAUUAUUUUAUUUCCUCGACUCUUGCCUCGUCGCGCAGCUUCAACAAUCUCAUAUCAUACGAACGAGAUGAUAGAAAAUCAAUCAAUUAACGCAACUGCGACUACAAAAUGAUUUCAAUUCUUAAAACUACGUUUUUUUCUGUAAUCAUUAUUCCAAAACCGAGAAUUGUAUAAAUGAUUUUCGCGCGAAUCACCCGAUGAUUUGCCAAGGUACAUGUAAAUAUUAAUUAUUAUACACCCAUCAUAGCAAUGUAAUGUAAUGUAUAUCCGCAUGUGAAUAUAUAUAGCGUGAAAUAGAAUUACGGUUAUAGAUAGAUCACAAUCCUACAUAUUUGACCCGUAUAUUAUAACGAUCAUGAAAUAGAUGUAACAGGAUAUAUUUGUAGUAAGAAAAUUACACGGAAGAAAAGUAUUAAAAAUAUGAAACAAAGAAAGAACUGAGCGUAAGAAACAAAAAAAAAAAAAUGCAGAGAAUGUAAUUGAAGACGAAAAUAAUGAACAACACGAUGUUUACUGUCGAUUAUAAAAAAAAUUCCAUUUUCUCCGCUCAAAAUGGUGAAAUUGUGGUUGAUUUUUUUAGUCGCAAUUUUUCCGGGCUGUUGAAACCUCUUUUUUCGCAAUAAAAUUGAAUAUUAUAUUAUAUUAAUAUUUUAAAAAAUCGUGAGAGCAGGAUUACGGAUGUAAAUAUAACAAAGUUUAAGGUAUAUAUAUAUAUAUAUAUAUCUGUAUGCACACCUAAAUAAGCAUUAGUUAGUCUAACAACUAGUUGUUCAAAACGCUGUGUAUAUAUAGUAGCAGUGCUAAUUAUAUACGCGGUAAUACAUAUGAGUAGAAAGUAAGCGUGGCAAGCGAAUUGAGCGGUUAAAGAGAGAAGAAGACGACGAAAAAAAGUGUCAGAGUGAUACGAAAAAGCGAUGAUGAAUCUAUCUAUUCGCAAUAACGAUAUAAUGUGUAUAUAUAAAAAAUCAGAUACAUAUAUUAAUUGUGAUUUUGAGUUUAUCAUUUUCUCUGAAUAAAAAUUUUAUACAAUA